AUGGAGACACCUACUGUGGAUAUUGAUAACAUCAUUGACAGAUUGUUAGAGGUUAGAGGUUCAAAACCAGGGCAGCAUGUCGAUUUAGAAGAGCAUGAAAUCCGAUAUCUAUGUUCCAAAGCGCGUUCUAUCUUCAUUAAGCAACCUAUUCUACUUGAGCUAGAGGCUCCUAUUAAAAUUUGCGGUGAUAUUCAUGGCCAAUAUUACGAUUUGCUACGUCUUUUUGAAUAUGGUGGAUUUCCACCAGAAUCAAACUAUCUUUUCCUAGGAGACUAUGUAGACCGAGGGAAGCAGUCUUUGGAAACUAUAUGUCUACUGCUUGCUUACAAGAUUAAAUAUCCAGAGAAUUUUUUUAUUCUUCGUGGAAAUCACGAAUGUGCCUCUAUUAACAGAAUCUACGGUUUCUACGAUGAGUGUAAGAGGCGUUAUAACAUCAAGCUAUGGAAGACGUUCACAGACUGUUUCAACUGUUUGCCGAUCGCGGCCAUCAUAGACGAAAAAAUCUUCUGUAUGCAUGGUGGUUUAUCGCCUGAUUUGAACACUAUGGAACAGAUUAGAAGAGUCAUGAGACCAACGGAUAUUCCUGAUGUUGGUUUGCUAUGUGAUUUAUUAUGGUCCGAUCCGGACAAGGAUAUUGUUGGGUGGUCUGAAAAUGAUAGAGGUGUUUCGUUCACAUUUGGCCCAGACGUGGUUUCAAGGUUUCUACAGAAGCAAGAUAUGGAAUUAAUCUGCAGAGCACACCAGGUUGUUGAGGACGGUUAUGAAUUCUUUUCAAAAAGGCAGUUGGUCACGCUAUUUAGCGCGCCAAACUACUGUGGCGAGUUUGAUAAUGCCGGUGCUAUGAUGAGUGUUGACGAGAGUUUGUUAUGUUCAUUUCAAAUUCUAAAACCGGCAGUCAAACCGAGUGCUGGCAGAGGUCAACCAAAGAAGAAAAAAUAG